AUGUGGUUGAGACUCAGCAAUUCUCAGAAGCUACUGUUAGUCUAUAUUGACCCUGAGAUUCGAGUAACGUCCCUUUGUACCGUUUCCUUGUACAAGUGCGAAGUUCGAGUCACCGGCCGGGGUGUUGUUCCUCUGGGCAAGGAACUUCACCUCGAAUUCCUACAGACGUGGGAGACCACAAUCCAGUGGAAUGGCCCGGACCUAGACCUAGAGCCAAUAUCAGCCAAUUGUAUGGUAUGUCUUAGGAUCGGAGUUAUGAAACAGUCGCUGAGUGGUUCGAAUCUUACGAACAAACCACAGCCAGGCUUGCUAACCCUCACAGCAGUUGCUUUGAGAUGUGUUAAUCUUCAAGGUCAGAGCCAACGGAUAGAGCCGCAGGUAGAGAGCCAAAGGGUAGAGCCGCAGGUAGAGAGCCAAAGGACAGAGCCUCAGUUAGAGAGCCAAAGGAUAGAGCCGCAGGUAGAGAGCCAAAGGAUAGAGCCGCAGGUAGAGAGCCAGAGAACAGAGCCGCAGGUAAAGAGCCAAAGAACAGAGCCGCAGGUAGAGAGCCAAAGGAUAGAGCCGCAGGUAGAGAGCCAAAGGAUAGAGCCGCAGGUAGAGAGCCAGAGAACAGAGCCGCAGGUAAAGAGCCAAAGAACAGAGCCGCAGGUAGAGAGCCAAAGGAUAGAGCCGCAGGUAGAGAUCCAAAGGAUAGAGCCUCAGUUAGAGAGCCAAAGGAUAGAGCCGCAGGUAGAGAGCCAAAGGAUAGAGCCGCAGGUAGAGAGCCAAAGAACAGAGCCGCAGGUAGAGAGCCAAAGAACAGAGCCGCAGGUAGAGAGCCAAAGAACAGAGCCGCAGGUAGAGAGCCAAAGAACAGAGCCGCAGGUAGAGAGCCAAAAGAUAGAGCCGCAGGUAGAGAGCCAAAGAACAGAGCCGCAGGUAGAGAGCCAAAGAACAGAGCCGCAGGUAGAGAGCCAAAGAACAGAGCCGCAGGUAGAGAGCCAAAGAACAGAGCCGCAGGUAGAGAGCCAAAAGAUAGAGCCGCAGGUAGAGAGCCAAAGGAUAGAGCCGCAGGUAGAGAGCCAAAGGUUUGAGCCGCAGGUAGAGAGCCAAAAGAUAGAGCCGCAGGUAGAGAGCCAAAGGAUAGAGCCGCAGGUAGAGAGCCAAAGAACAGAGCCGCAGGUAGAGAGCCAAAGGAUAGAGCUGCAGGUAGAGAGCCAAACAGAGCCACGGGCAGAGGGGCAGCGACAGGCAGAAGACGGCAGGUAA